AUGGAGCCUGUGAAUUUGCCGCAUCACAGCGGCGCUGGCAUCUUCGUCACCGAGGACGAUGGGGAAGGGGGUCUAUAUGCUGCCUCCAAGAGCACUACCCCCGCCACGACGACUAGUGGCAACAGCAGCAGUCCAUGGCAGAAGCGGUCCUCGACGUUCCUCCCAACGACGUCAUCGUUUGCGUCACGGCCGUCCCAAUCAUCCUCCACUAGCCUUGCGGGCUCGGCAGCGUCCUUGCCCGUCUUUCGACACUGCUCUGCACUGCCCGAGUACUUUUGGCGUGUGCUCGACUACCGGCAGAUGGACUUGGAAGCGACAUACUAUCAAAUGGUCACCCUGUGCAUUUCGCCGACCAAAGUCUACAAGAGCGCGUAUUACCGCAAACAAACCAAGAACCGAUGGGCCCGCGACGACCCCGCAUUUGCCGUCAUCCAGGUGCUUUUCCUCGUGGUGGCGUCGUUGGCAUGGACUGUAGCCUUCGAGAAGACAUCGUCGCUGGCGUUCCUCUUGCUUUGCGACGUGCUGGUGGAAUGGUUGAUCCUUGGCCUUGUCACAUCGACCUUGACGUGGUGGUGUGCCAACCAGUUCCUUCGCAUUGGUCAAACGAGUACUACUACUACUAGUAGUACUAGCUCGAGCCGCCCGGCGACGUCGUUGGACACGUUCUUUGUGGCCCAAGCCGUGGAAUGGCAAUAUGCGUUCGACAUCCACUGCAACGCAUUCUUCAUCUUCUUUCUCGUUGUGCACGUGCUCCAGUUUGUGCUCUUGCCCUGGUUACUCUCUUCCGCUUUGGGGUCGCUUGUCCUAGCCAACACCCUGUACGCCAUCGGUUGUGGCAGCUACGUAUACAUUACGUUCCUCGGGUAUAUGGCUCUGCCGUUCUUGCACCACACGGAGCGGUUUCUGUAUCCAAUUGUGGCCAUCGGAGGCUUGUACUUGUCGUCGGUGGUGCUUAAGCUUGUGUUUGGCGCAACGGUCAAUGUUGCCCUGGUCUCGGCCACGGCUCGCCGACGUGCGGGGAUGGACAACAUCUUCACGGGGGAAACGUGUGAACAAGCGACGGAGAAGCACAACCUUCGCAUGGACUACGCGGCGGUGUUGCAAGAACAGAUUCGACUGCAAAACGCAAAAAAGGAACAGCUCAAGCAGCAAAAGCUCGACGAGCAGCGCCUUGAGCGAGAAGAAAUGGAUCGCAUGCGGGGAAACAACAACAACAUGAAACAGCACCACCCCCAACUAGGGAACCAAGGACAGCAGCAGCCCCCUCCACCUUCGCCCGACAAGACCCAACCAACAUCGCAGCCCCAGCGAAACAACCUCAGCCCUGUAAAGUCCCCUCCCCCUUCUGUCCACCCACCGACGACGACACAUGGCUCUCCUGCGACGUUUGUGCCACAGUACGAGUCGCCCAUGCAGUCAGCGUUCAACAACGCCCCACUGUACACGGCCCCGAUGAUUCCGCAAAUGAAUAGUAACCCAUGGCGACCCCCUGCGGCGACGCCAGAACUAGAUGCGAUUCAACGACUACGUCAAGAGCUUGAAGAUGCAAGAAAGCUGAGAACUAUGGCGCAAAAGCAAGUGUACCAAAAGCCAAAUUUCAUGCUCGCGUCAUCGACCCCAUCGGUGACAUCCAGUGCCUGGAAAGGGAACAGCGUCUACAGUGCUACCAACGUGUCACCUCGAGACCAGACCAUACCAAAGGACGUGUAUCGCCGCCAGCAUUCUAGACCGGCUACACCCGUGGCGGAUGAUAUCGAGCAAGAGUUAGGAAUGGACGCAGGAAACAACAAUCAGUUGGAAAGUAGCAGCUCGUUUGUAGCGGUGACGAUACCAGAGAAGCAUGCCAAGGAACCGCGGGGAGGCGGCAUGGAGUUGCAGGUUGAAAGCUGCUUUGUUCCCCUGGCGGCCACCGCGCACUACCACGCCCCGCUGUCACAUCAAAUCCAGCAAACACAUGGCGGCGUUGGGGGAAAGCAAUUGCAUCCUGAAAGCCAUCGAGAGCAUUUCUUGUCCGGUGAAGCCUGCAAGACGAACCGAGGCAUUAUGCAUUGCAGCAGUCUAGAAGACUCGAUCGACGACAUCGACGCCAUUUUGCAUGCGUUCCUUGCCAAGACCAGAGGGUAG